GUGCUUCAACCGGCAUUCGCUCGUGGGAUUGUAGCGCGUCAACAUGUUCAAAACAAUUGUAAUCCUGUCUUUCCUCGCUGCAGCCUCCGCGACUGUUAUAAAGAUAGAUAAAUGUGAAAAUGUGCCGGAAGAUGUGUGCACGAUCACAGAAAGCCGAAUCACGCCGUGUGUUAAUGGUGAUGAGUGCAGACUGAAGAAGGGCAAAGAGCACGCAAUCUCAUUCGACUUUACACCCAAUUUCUCUGCUGAUAAAUUGAAGACCGCAGUAUACUAUGUGAAUGCCGGCCAGGACAUUCCGUUCGCUGAGCUGCGGGACGCGGACGGCUGCCUAUACACCUCGUGCCCCGUCUCUCCCGGCGUCUCCCAGCAACUCAACUACAAGCUCAGGCUCGGCAAGAAACUGCCCAGCGGUAACUUCCCUAUCAAAUGGCGUGUGUGGAACGAAGCCAAUCCGGCGCAGGAGUGCUGCUUCCUCGCGAAACUCUCUAUCAGCAGGCGCUGAAUCUAAAAAAAUGAAUCUGAACCAACUUUAAUGUAAAGCUGUAAAUGAUGACCGAUUUGGCUGUUAACAGACUAGUGUUAUAACAAUUUCACAACCAAAUAUGCGCAAUAAACAGUUGAAUAACAAA